GUGUAUCAGAAUCCACAGUAACGCCGGUGGCGACACACAUCAUAUUUACCGAUUUCAGUUAAUCCAGUUAAAGAGCUCAGUGCACUGGUCAUUUGAGACAAUUUGUCCAUGAUUGGCUUGUUGACUUUACUAUUUGCUGGUGUCGGUUUAGAAGUGCCAAAGGAAGUCUGACGGUUGAUCGAGAGCGACAUGUCUCAUUACAAAAGCCAUGGCUAUAUCCGGAACUGCACUCCGCCUGCUAUCGAUGACUUCCCUGCUGGACUCUUCACGGAGCUGCAACGACAGCACGGAGCUAUCGUACUGCACGCGCUCAUCUCCAUCUAUCUUUUUUUAGCUCUUGCAGUUGUUUGCGACAAAUACUUUGUACCUGCUGUUGAAAAAAUUUGUCAUGCGCUUAACAUGACAAACGAUGUGGCUGGAGCGACUUUCAUGGCCGCAGCUACUUCUGCACCAGAAUUAUUCGUGAACGUCAUAGGUACCUUCAUUACGGAGGGUGAUAUCGGAGUGGGGACCAUAGUGGGUUCGGCUGUCUUCAAUAUAUUAGCUGUGGCGGCUUGUUGUGGUAUUGGUGCGGGAAUGGUUGUUCCUUUGGACUGGUGGCCUCUUACUAGAGAUUGUCUGGCUUAUGGGAUUACAGUUUCAAUACUUAUUUGUAUUAUACACGAUGAGUAUGUUCAGUGGUAUGAAGCAUUUCUUCUAGUUUCAUUGUACGGGGUUUACAUUUGCAUAAUGUAUUAUGACAAGCCUAUACAGAAUUUUGCGAAAGGGAGCUGGAAAUGGGUAUCAAACAUGUUCAAAGAUAAUGAAGACAAACAAGAUGCAGAGAAUGGUAAAGAUUUAAAGUUAUCGACCCAUAUUCUAAAAAUAGAUGUACCUAUAGAACAACGCCAUCAACAUAACGGUAAUAUUAAAACAUCACCCCUUCGUCAAGAUGCGAAAGAAAAGAUUUUAGAAAGUGUCGAUGUUUCGGAUAAAGUUUCCGCCAGUGAAGAAGGAAAAGAUAAAAAUGUAAAUAUUGAUAUGGAUUCUAAGCCCAAUGAAAUGGAAAUCGCUAGCCCAGAGGAAAACUUAUAUCAGCCAACUGCAGAAGAUAAUAAAGAUGUUGAAGAUGGAUCCGAGAACUCAUUGUGGAAAUGGCCUAGCAACAAGAGUUGCCUAGCUAAGAUAACCAAAAUUGUAACAUGGCCCAUUCACUUGGUGUUCCUGUUUACAAUUCCAGAUUGUGAGAAACCACGAUUUAAAAACUGGUUUCCGCUUACUUUCAUUAUGUGUAUUGUUUGGAUCGGUUCACUGUCUUAUAUAGUUGCAUGGAUGAUAACAAUAAUAGGUGAUACGCUGAUGAUCCCAGAUUCAGUUAUGGGUAUUACCUUUCUUGCUGCUGGCACUUCAGUUCCCGAAGCGGUUUCCAGCGUUAUAGUAGCUAAACAAGGGCAUGGUUCGAUGGGAAUCAGUAACUCAAUAGGAUCGAAUACAUUUGAUAUUUUACUUUGCCUUGGCUUACCGUGGCUUAUAAAAGCAUCGCUAACUCCAGCCGAGCCAGGACAUUAUUGGGUUAAAAUUAAUUCAAUGGGAUUGGAAUAUUCAGCAAUAUCACUGCUAUCGACGCUACUGCUAUUAUAUUUGACAUUUUGGUUCAACAAAUUCAAGUUAGAUGCUGCAGUGGGGCGGGCGUGUCUCGCUAUGUACGCCAUGUUUUUAAUUCUUGCAACACUAAUCGAACUUAAUGUUUUCUUCCCUGUUAAUGUGCGUACUUGCAAAAGAGCGGAUAUGAAAUCUUAAGUUAGUGUACUGUUAAUAAUACAUCAUAAACAAGUACAAUCACCUCUUAUAAAUUGUUACAUAUUGAAGUGCGUUGAAUGUUCUGAAUGUGUUUCUUGAAUGUUAUCAUUAAACAUGUUUCUUUAUAAUUAAUUACGUAUUGUUUAAUCUAAAAUUAAAGUAAGUUCGUGUAAUUUAACGAAGUUCGCUAGAAAUUAGUUAACUUAUUGCACUUUUGUUUAAUAAAUUAAGGGGACAAUGUGAGAAGUUCUGGAUAAUUUAUGUUUGGUGAAGCUAAUUUAUCUUUAGAUAACUUUUCUUAACUUUACGAGUCUCAAUUUGAAUCUUUAAUUUUUUGUUAGAUUUAAUGAGCUGUGAAGUUUUAAUUGUAAGUUUAAAAUAAAUAAAACGUACAAUUCCGAAUAUAUUCUCGAUAAAUAAAGUAAUAGAAUCAUCAUUUUCCAUUACUUAUUUCACUAGUAAAUUCUAUGACAGCUUGGAUACUUCUGAAAAGUGCCUUGGCUCAAGUACAAUAAUAUCAUGGUUGUUGUUAUUUACAAAUAUACAGUAUUAUUAAAUAUUGUCGCUUCAAUGAAACCUAAUAUUAAUUGUAAAUUUUCGACGUUAGAACCAAACGAACAAAUAUUGUUCGAUAUCAAAAUUUUCAAAUUAUUAUAUUUCUGAAAAAGGAAAUUUUUUGUCAUUUUGGUACUGAUGUCCUGAUCUUUAUUUGUGAAGUGUUUUUCUGUUUAAUAAUAGCGGCAGUUUAAUGUAAAUACAAAAAUGUGUUAAUUUACGAUAUAAUGUUAUUUGAUUAUUAGUUAAAUAUAUCUUACCAAACGAA